AAGAAGUAUAACCGGCUUUACUAACUAUACUCCACGAUAAAACUGUUCAUACGGUUGGGUCAAGCUAUCAGUAACAGACUGGCUGUCUUGUAGUUUCAGCAAAAUAUCUUCUUCUUCUUCUUCUUCUUCUUCUUCUUCUUAAUCAUCGUCAUUCUUUUUUCAUCUAUUCGAUUCAUCGAAUCGUCACAAAAAAUAUGUCAAAGAUCACUUUAUACUCGCAACUAAUUAGUCCACCUUGUCGUGCCGUACUUAUGGUAGGAGAAGCCAUUGGCAUUGAUUUUGACAUCCACGAAAUCAAUUUAUUCAAUUAUGAUCAACAAAAAGAGGAUUUUGUUAAAUUGAAUCCUCAGCAUACUAUUCCAACUAUUCAGGAUAACGAUUUUAUAUUGUGGGAUAGUCACGUUAUCGCUGUUUACUUAAUUGAGAAAUAUGCUGCUGAUGAUUCUCUUUAUCCUAAAGACCUUCAGCUGAGAGCAACGUUAUGGCAACGUCUUAUCUUCGAUGCCUCGGUCCUUUUCCAUGUUCUUAAAAGAAUUUUUAAAUCCAUAAAGUUGGGAUCGGAGAAAACAAUUUCAAAAUUGCUAAUGGACGAACUCGAAGAAGCCUUAGGAUUUUUCGAAAAGCUUUUGGAAGGUAAACAAUGGUUGGUCGGGGAUUCUUACACGAUUGCCGAUAUUUGCAACGUCAGCACGAUCUCCUCAUUGACCGUUAUCGUGCAAUGGGACAAGUAUCCAAAUAUUCAAGCUUGGCUGAAACGAUGCGAGGAACAAUUGCCGGGCUAUGAAAAAUAUAAUGUACCAGGAAGCAAACAAGUUAAUGAAAUAUUCCAACAGAAACUCAUGAACGCGCCUAUUGCUAUGAGUCUUAAAACGUUCGUUAACAAAUCUGUUCCGACGCUGUACAUGACCGAAUUAUCUCCACCUGUUAGAUCGGUCUUAAUGACGGCUUAUAUAAUCGGUCUUCCCUUAUAUAAGAAAGAAGUAAAUUUAAUUUCAGGCGAGCAACGAACAGCGGCAUAUUUAAAGAUGAAUCCACAAGGAACGGUACCAUUAUUGCAAGACAAGGAUUACUAUGUAUGGGAUAGUCACGCGAUAUCAGGAUACUUGGUACAUGAGUACGGAAAAUCCGACUCGCUUUAUCCGAAGGAUUCGAGAAAACGUGCUAUGGUCGAUCAAAGAUUGCAUUUCGAUACGGGAACCCUUUAUCCAGAAUUUAGAAAUGUCGUGUACCCGGUUAUCGCUGGGGAGAAGAUUAUUACGAAAGAGAAAAUAAAUCGUGUGGAGAACAUUUACAAGACAUUCGAUUCGAUUUUGGCGAAUGCCAAGACGAAGUGGCUCGCCGGAGACACGAUUACUAUAGCCGAUCUUUGCAACGUUGCGACGCUCUCCACUUUGGAGCUGUUUGUGCCACCAACGGGAAAAUAUCACCAUCUGGAAAAUUGGUUUGGAUCGUGCAAGAAGGAGAUACCCGGUUACGAGGAAGUGAAUCAGCAGGGUCUCGACAAGCUCGUAAACUACGUGAAGAUUCUUUUAACAAAAUAAUAAGAACUGGUGGGCGUUUUCUGAAUAAAACAUACAAUCAGUUUCCAUUUUAUCGACGAUCGUGCAACGUAUAUACAUACGUUACAAUAUAAACGAUUCUCUUUUAUGUGAAGGGCGUUCAUCGUGGGAAUUAGUCAAUUAUUGUUUGAAAGUCUUCUGAGAAGUCGGUUAACGCGUCGCGAUUAAUUGUUUAGCAUUCUCAUUCUCUCGUCACGAUUCUUUACCGAUAUAUCGAAUCCAUACAAAUACUCUUGGAAAGACCUUUCAAAUGCAUUUUCAAAUACGUAAACACGAUUUAACGAAGCAUCAAAUUACUCGUUAACUUGUCCUUAAUUGAGCCGAGUCGGAUCAGGAAUCAAAUUAAAUCUUGAGUUUUAAACAUUUUACGCGGUUAUUGCGUCGACAUCUUGAAACCUAGCUCUUGUAAUUUGAAGCGAAUGUUGCGUUUUUCCUUUUUUAGAAUUUUCUUAACGAGAUAGAGACAAAGAGAGAGAGAGAGAGAGAGAGAGAGAGAGAGAGAGAGAGAGAGAGAGAGAGAGGGAGAGAGAGAGAUAGCUGACCUGGAUCUGUGGUUUCUCUCUUUCUCUCUUUUUGUCACUAUAUAUCGUCGUUUCUUUUUUUCUAAAUCGAAGUGGGUCAUGGAAAUUGAAUUGGCUGUUUCCAAACUUCGUGGUGGUUACUUUCGUUCAAGUUAUUCUUCAACGAACUGAAUCAAUAUAAUCUUAAUUGUCGUUACAAGUAAGAAAAUCAUUUUUCAUUGAAAAGAUCACGCUGAUAUUUCACUCGAAGGAUAACUGCGAAUAAAAAUUUGCCGUAUAAACUGAUAUAAAUUUUUUUAUACGUAGACAUCAUUCUCAUUUUACUACGUAGUUCGGCUGCAGGGCCUUGCCGAACAGGUCCUUUCGUUAUUUUUUUUUUUUAAUUCCUGUUUUAAAUACCUCACGACUAAGUCGUAUUUUUAGAGAGGACCGAGAAGAAGAAGAUGAAAAUAAGAAAUGUAGAAAGAUGAUCUCUUUUUUCUCCCCUUACCUUCCUGUGGUUUUGCAUACAAACAUAACGAUAUUUUCUAAUUGUUAUAACGUAAUAUUUAACAAAUUAUAAUACAUUAUUACGAAUGAUUUCGUAUAAUUAUGACCUUAAUAAUUCAUUAAAUUAAGAAUGGGAAAAGGGUAAAAGGUUGAUAUCGAAUGGAAUAAAUAUAAUAAAACCGAAUUUAU